AUGAACUUUAUUCCUACCGACAACUCGUCGCUCGACCGGAGCUUCCUCAGCGCGGAUAUUGAGGAGGUCAUCGGGGCCUUGACGAUGCAGGAGAAGAUUAGUCUGCUGGCUGGGAAAGAUCGGUGGUCGACGGUCGAUAUCCCCCGGCUCAAUAUCCCGAGCGUCAAGGUCACGGAUGGGCCAAAUGGUGCUCGAGGCGGUAGUUUCUUCAAGAUGAUCCCCGCCGUCGCCAUCCCCUGUGCAUCUGCACUCGGCUGCACCUUCUCCCCUUCGCUCAUGCACGAGCUCGGCUCCCUCCUCGCCACUGAGACCCGCGCGCGCAAGUGCGUCUGCCUCCUCGGACCGACCAUCAAUGUCCCGCGCAAUCCGCUCGGCGGGCGGACCUUCGAGCAAUUCUCGGAGGAUCCGACGCUCACUGGCUACCUCGCCGCGGCGUACAUCAACGGUCUGCAGGAUGGGGGGAUCAGUCCCACUAUCAAGCACUUUGUGGGGAAUGAGCAGGAGCAUGAGCGGAAUGGGGCGGAUAGUAUCAUUCCGAUGAGGGCGUUCAGGGAGGUCUAUCUCAGGCCGUUCCAGAUUAGUCAGAAGUUGGCGAAGCCGUGGGCGUACAUGACCAGCUACAAUAAGGUCAACGGGACGCACUGCUCCGAGGACCCCUGGCUCAUCAACACCCUCCUCAAGAAGGAAUGGGACGCCGGAGAGAAUCUUUUCGUCAUGUCCGACUGGUGGGGAACCUACUCGAUCGAUCUCGCCAUCAAGGCGGGGAUGAGUCUGGAGAUGCCUGGUGGGAGCGGUGUGUACCGUCAAGAAGCUCUCGUGAUGCACCAGCUCAAGUCCCACAAGUUGCUUCCCUCCCAUAUCGACAAGCUCGCCACGUCGGUCCUCAAGUGGGUCCAGCGUACCGCCAAGGCCAAUGAGGAUAUCGUCUACUCGUCGGAUCUCGCCGAGUUUACCCGUCCCCGGACUGACGCGGACGCGGACCUUACUCGUCGCGCAGCUACGGAGAGUAUCGCCCUGCUCAAGAACGCGGACAAUGUGCUUCCCCUCGAGAAGACUUCUGGCUCGACUGCACUCAAGGUGUGCGUGAUCGGCGCCAACGCCAAGGAGCGCGUCGCGACUGGCGGCGGGUCAGCCCAGUGCCGGACCUCAUGGUGUCAGUCCCCAUGGGACGCCCUCGUCUCCCAGAAACCGGACGGUAUCGACCUCUCCUACUCCAUCGGCGGCUACAUCUCGAAAUACCUCCCCCUCCUCGACUCGUCCUUCACCCGCCUGGACGGCUCGCCCGGGUUCGACCUCAAGCACUACCCUAUCCUUCCGGACGGAACGCAAGCCCCCCAGUCCGUCUGCGAGGACAGCCACGAUCUGUCCGAUAUGUUCAUGUACGACUUUUACCACCCCCGGCUCGGUCUCCACUACUUUACGGAGAUCCACACGGUAUUUACCAGCCCGAUCGACGGGGACUACCAGAUCGGCUUCUGUAUUACCGGCCAGGGGUGGUUGUGGGUCGAUGGGGAGCUCAAGAUUGUGAAUGCGACGGCGGAGGAGCAGGAGCAGGGGACGGCUUUCCUGGGGUAUGGUGCGGCAGAGGCGAGUACGGUGAUUCAGGUCAAGAAGGGCCAGAAAUACCACGUCAAGCUGCUCCACGACACCCGGCUCCCACCUGGGUCCAAGCGCGGCAAGGGACCUAUCGUCCGGCCUGGAAUCAGGCUCGGCGCCAGACCUGCUGUCGAUGCCGACGCCAGUAUCGAGGCUGCGGUCAAGCUCGCAAAGGAGUCGGACCGCGCGGUGCUAGUCGUGGGUCUCAAUGCGGACUGGGAGAGUGAGGGCUUCGACCGCCCUACGCUGUCUCUUCCGGGCAGAUCCGACGAGCUCAUCUCCCGCGUCGCCGCCGUCAACCCCAACACCAUCGUCGUCCUCCAGACUGGCUCUGCCGUCUCGAUGCCCUGGCUCUCCAAAGUCAAGGGUGUCGUACACGCCUGGUACCUCGGAAACGAAUGCGGUGCGGCCAUCGCUUCCAUUCUGUACGGUACCGCCAAUCCCUCGGGCCGACUGUCGCUCACCAUGCCCGCUCGCGAGGAGGAUAUCCCGUCUUACCCCGACUUCAAGUCGGCGCGGACCAAGGUGCACUACACCGAGGGCGUAUGGGUCGGGUACAAGCACUACAACAUGCGCAAAAUCGCCCCUCUCUUCCCGUUCGGCCAUGGGCUCAGCUACACCACCUUCGUGUAUGCCGAUCUGAAGCUGGUCGGGGCGGAGAAGACCAAGCUGGCGGAUGAGUGGUCGGCGAGCGUGGAGGUUACGGUGAAGAAUACGGGAAGCAGGGUGGGGAGUCACUCGGUACAUGUCUACCUGUGCCCGCCUAAGGAGACGGAGACGAGUCUGAAGCAUCCGGAGGCGGCUCUGCAGGGGUUUGAGAAGGCGUAUAAUAUCCAGCCGGGAGAGAGCAAGAAGGUCACGGUCAAGCUUGACAAGUAUGCCAUCUCGCACUGGGACGACCUGACGGAGCGGUGGAUGGUGGAGAAGGGGACUUGGACGGUCAAGAUUGGGACGGACGCGCAGACCUUCUAUGGUGCCGAGACGUUCGAGGUGGGGCACGAUAUGCCUUGGGUGGGGUUAUAG